UUCCCGGCAGCCGCCAUGUCUACUCUGUUGAUCAGCCAACCGCGUUACGCCUGGCUACGGGAGCUGGGCCUGCAGGAGGAAAACCCGGGCGUGUACAACGGGCGCUGGGGCGGUAGCGGCCAGGUGGUGACGACGUACUGCCCUGCCAACAACGAGCCCAUCGCCAGCGUCCGGCAGGCUAGUUUGGAGGAUUAUGAAGACACCAUAAAGAAGGCUAAAGAGGCAUGGAAGAUCUGGGCUGAUAUCCCUGCACCUAAGCGUGGAGAAAUAGUGCGACAGAUUGGUGAUGCCCUGAGACAAAAAAUAAAAGUUCUAGGAAGCUUGGUCUCAUUGGAAAUGGGAAAGAUUUUUGUUGAGGGUGUUGGGGAAGUGCAAGAGUAUGUUGAUGUCUGUGAUUAUGCUGUUGGUUUGUCCCGAAUGAUUGGUGGACCUAUUUUGCCUUCAGAAAGACCUGGGCAUGCCCUUAUAGAGCAGUGGAAUCCUGUUGGGUUGGUAGGAAUCAUCACAGCCUUUAACUUCCCUGUAGCAGUUUAUGGGUGGAACAGUGCAAUUGCAAUGAUCUGUGGAAACACUUGCCUCUGGAAGGGUGCUCCUACAACAUCCCUUAUUAGUGUUGCUGUUACAAAAAUAAUUGCCAAAGUUUUAGAGGAUAACAGAUUGCCUGGAGCAAUCUGUUCACUGGUUUGUGGUGGAGCAGACAUUGGGACAGCAAUGGCGAAAGAUGAGAGAAUGGACCUGUUGUCUUUCACUGGCAGCACAAAAGUGGGAAAGCAAGUAGCGCUUAUGGUUCAGGAAAGAUUUGGUCGAAGUCUGCUGGAACUGGGAGGAAACAAUGCCAUUAUUGUGUUUGAAGAUGCUGAUCUGAACCUUGUCAUCCCAUCUGCUCUAUUUGCUGCUGUUGGAACAGCAGGUCAGAGGUGUACAACUGCUAGAAGGCUGUUCCUCCAUGAAAGCAUCCAUGAUGAGGUGGUGGCAAAGCUUGCUAAGGCCUAUGCCCAGGUCCGCAUUGGUGAUCCAUGGGAUUCUGACACUCUGUAUGGGCCCCUUCAUACCAAAGAAGCAGUGAAAAUGUUCCUUGAUGCAGUAGAACAAGCAAAGCAACAGGGUGGGUCUGUGGUCUGUGGUGGAAAGGUUAUAAAUCGCCCUGGAAACUAUGUUGAACCAACCAUUGUGACUGGCCUUCCUCAUAAUGCACCCAUUGUCCACACUGAGACAUUUGCCCCCAUACUGUAUGUGCUGAAAUUUAAGGAAGAAGAGGAGGUUUUUGCCUGCAAUAAUGAAGUAAAACAAGGUCUUUCCAGCAGUAUCUUUACCAAGGAUUUGGGAAGGAUUUUCCGCUGGCUUGGGCCAAAGGGAUCUGACUGUGGCAUUGUGAAUGUCAACAUCCCAACUAGUGGGGCAGAGAUUGGAGGUGCUUUUGGCGGUGAAAAGCACACUGGUGGGGGAAGAGAAUCUGGAAGUGAUUCUUGGAAGCUUUAUAUGCGGCGGUCUACUUGUACAAUCAACUACAGCAAGGAUUUGCCAUUGGCUCAAGGAAUCAAGUUUCAGUAACAGCGUUCUGAAUGGGGAUACUGUGAACUCUCGUAGCAUUUCAAAACCAAGCACCUUCUAAGCCUCAUGGAGAAGAAAAUUAAUUUUCUGAAACUUAUCUGCAGCAAAGAUACCGAUUUUGUAAAAGAAAAUCAGCUACUCUAAAACUGCUUCACUUUCAGUGCAUGAAAUUACUGCUUCAGUCUUCAGAUGAGGUGUGGUCUUUGGGAAGAAGGAAGGGUUGACUGAAACUAACAAACUGGAAUUCAGGUGGCCUGGAUAAUCUGUUGCCUUAUCACCACUUAUAAACACUGUAUCUUCUACCUCCCCACCAUUAGCUGAUAUUUCCAGCUUGCAUGUCUUUGCUUCAAAUAACAUGCUGAGUUUCUGACAGACAACUGGUGCUGGUGGGAUGGGGUGGGCAGUACAGGGCUCUUUUUC